UCGGCUGGGACGGCCCUGCUCCGCGCCGCGCUCCGGUGAUUGGACACCGGGAGUUUGACAGGCUGGUUGAUUCCGCCCAUCAACACGACGCGCCUCCUCUCACGAGCAUGUCUGAAAACUACAAAUGGGGAGUGAAGAGUUGGGAAAAGUUGUGCGAAAGAGCUGUUUCUCAUCUCAAACGAGCAGAGCACACAGGGGGAGUACAUUAUUCAUGACUUAAAUGGCGGAGGAAGUACUUCUAGAAAACGAUGGAAAACCCAGCGCGCAUCUUACAAGGCCUCUGCUGGCAGUGGCUUUCCUAUCCUCCUUCGGCAGCUCCAUGCUCUAUGGCUACAAUCUGGCAGUCGUCAACUCUCCUGCACAGUACAUCAAAGACUUCUACAAUGAGACGCUGGUUGAAAGUUACGACUUUUCUGCGGAUGAGGAGCUCCUCACCGUCUUGUACUCCCUCACCGUGUCGAUCUUUGCCAUCGGUGGGAUGAUUGGGGCCCUGUUGGUGGGCAGACUCGUAACCAAAUAUGGAAGGAAAGGGACGCUGGUGAAAUCCACUGCACUGGUGUUUAUAGGAGGAGCUCUUAUGGGCUUCAGCAGAGCGUGCAGGAUGCCUGGGAUGGUCAUCCUUGGUCGCUUCAUCACAGGAGUACACUCAGGUAUCUCUCUCAGUGUGGUGCCGAUGUACCUCGGCGAGAUCGCCCCCAAGAACCUGCGAGGCUUCCUGGGACUCGUUCCCAGUAUUCACAUUUGUCUUGGAGUCUUCAUCGCUCAGGUCCUGGGACUCCAUGAACUGAUGGGAAAGGAAGAGCACUGGCCCCUGCUCCUGUCCCUGGUGGUGUUCCCUACCAUCGUCCAGCUGAUGCUGUUGCCAUGGUUUCCAGAGAGUCCACGGUACCUGUUGAUAGAGAAGGGAAACAUUCACGCCACCAUCGCAGCCCUGAAGUGGUACCGUUCUAAAGGAAACAUCCAGGCAGAGGUUGACGAGAUGCAGGAGGAACAGCGCUCUCUGUCCUCCAUCCAGACCCUCUCUGUGCGCGGCCUGCUCAUGGACCACUGUGUCCGCUGGCAGGUCAUCACCAUCGUGGUGGUCAACAUCGGCAUGCAGCUGUCUGGCAUCGAUGCGAUCUGGUUCUACACAAAUGACAUUUUUAAGAACGCAGGAAUUACAGAACCUUAUAUUCAGUACACAACGGUGGGAACUGGUGCCAUCGAGGUCAUCUCUGGGAUGCUGGGGUGUUUCACUAUCGAGCGUCUGGGCAGAAAACCUCUGAUGAUUGGCGGCUUCCUCUUCAUGAGUCUCUGCUGUGCUGGGAUCACAGUGUCGGUCCUCUUCCAGGAACAGCUGCCCUUCAUGCGCUACAUCAGUGUGGGCUGCGUUGUUGGGAUUAUUGCUGGCUUCUGCAUAGGUCCAGCUGGCGUGCCUUUCCUGAUCACCGCGGAGCUGUUCAAGCAGUCACACCGACCGGCUGCCUACACUGUGGCCGGUUGCCUCAACUGGAUGUCCAACUUCACCAUCGGCUUCGUCUUUCCCUUCCUAGAGAUGGCUACAGGCCCUUACUGUUACCUGAUCUUCUGUACGAUCUGCUUGGGCGUGGCCCUCUACACCAUCUUCAUCAUUCCUGAGACCAAGAACAAAACCUUUAUGGAGAUCAGCCAGAUGUUCGCUGCCAAGAACAACAUCCUCGAGGAAGAGUUGACAUCUAAUGGGCAACUCAAAAUGGCUCUGAUGAACGGCUACGGGACCCUUAACCUCGGCGAAAAAUAAGACGGUGAGAAAUGAGGAUGUGGACCUGCAUGUAAAUGAUGGUCUCUUCUAUCUGUGUGCCUUCUUGGUCUGUAAUGACUGAAGUAACUGUAGCAGAGAUAAAAGGUGGAACCUCCUGGUGCUUCGUGUGAAAACUACGAAGACCAAUGCGUACACACACACACUUGCUACACACACAAUAAGUCCUGUUUUAACAGUUAAUCCCCAGUCAAAGUGCUGCUCCUAUACAUUAUGUGAGACAGGAGUCAUGCAGAAGUCAUGCGUUUCAAAUCAACCAUCAGUGACAUUUUAAUCCAUUUCCCUGCAUCUUAAAGCAUUUUUUUACGGGAGCCAAGUUUGUUUCUCACAGCGCUCUCAGAAGUUUUAAUCAACGCAUUAGCUUCACUUUGUUUUAACACAUCCCAUGAUCACUUUAUUGUCCAUAGUCGGUGUUGAAUACUGCCUCUUUGUGGCACUAUAAAGACUAAAUAUGUUUAUAAUGAAGAAAGGUAGCCAUUUCUCUGAUGUUUCACUCAGUGGUUCAAAUAGUCACAAGGCGACAUGUGAAUAAUACGAUCGUUACUGUUACUGUAUGUCUCAAGGGGAAUGUCUUUACCAAGAACUUGAGCUCGUGUUUGUUCCGUCUUUCGUUCAGUUUGUGAUUUUGUGUCUAUUUUAAGAGAGGUGGAUAUUGUGGCUGCUGGUCUUUUCAUACAUCUUGUCCAAAUAUAUGCACAUAAAUAUAUGUGAAGCUUGUUAAAGAACAAUAUUUAUCAAUGGUAGCUGUACAAGUCGGUUCAAUUGUUAUUUAACUGUUUUACAAGGCCUCUUUGUAUAAAAUAUGGUGGAAAUAAAAUCAAGACUGCAAAAAUA